AUGUUCAAUCUAAGCAAAUCAUAUUUAUUAAGAUGGAACACAUCAUGGACAUAUAAAUUAAAGAGAUAUCAUAUGUCCCCAAGAUGGAAUGUUAGUAAAUGGUUGGUAAAAGAAGAAUAUAAAUCUCAAAAGUUUAGUAAACCAUUUCAUUUAACAAAAUGGGGAAACUUUAAAACUUACCAACAUCAAUAUUCUUCAAAUGGAGCAUUUAAUAAAUUUUGUGAUAUGAAAAAAUUACAUGAACAAAACAUUAAUUUGAAAAAAUAA